UUGUCAAACCUACAACUAAGAAUACUAACAUAGUCUAGACAAAAACAAAGAAUAACUACAGAGUCUGGCUCCGCGUCGAAGAAUUGUCUUUACAUAAUAAAUCAUACAAAACAAAAAUUAAUUUACCAGCUGUGCAAAACAAACAGGUACACAGUAAACAAUGUUAAGUUUCUGAUUUUUCGGUCGAAAUAUAUAUAUAAACCCAACUACAAGUCGUAAAAUUACCAUUUCCAAACAGUUAGUUUGAAUAGCUGAACAAGUUACUAUUGUUGUCUUAGAAAUUCUAACUGGCCAACAAUUUAAAAAAUCGUCUGUACAUGAUGAAUCAUACCAAAAAAAAUGCACCAGCUGUGUAAACACAAUUGGUACACUGUAAAAACACAUUAAGUUUUCGGUCGAAUAUAUAGGUACCUAAUUGCAAGUCGUAAGAAGACCAUUUUUAAACCGUUGUCUAAGAUAUACUAAUGGUCCAACAAUUUAAAUAAAAAUGAAACUUUUCUGUUUUUUAAUGUCGGUUUUUUUUGUCAAUGUUUCAACACGUGAACCAAUUGAGGAGUAUAGGAAGCAAAUUGCCAUUACAAACACACUCAUCGAGGUUGCUCAUAAUACGAACAAUUGUAUUGUAGAAGAUAACUUUAUAGCAAACGGAUUGGAGCAUGUAAUUAAACAAAUAGUUUUUAAUGAUGUAUUUUUAUUCGAAUAUGUGAAUAUCAAUUUUAUAAAUCAAAUAAUCGUUUCACUUGAAUAUCCGUGUAAUAACAGCAUACAAGCAUCUAUAGGACUCCAAGAAACUUUGAAAAAUGAAUUCGUAGAUGCAUUAAAAAUUGUUGCUCCUGACGUCCCAUCCGAAGAUCUUAUGAACUUAGAUUUACCACAGCUUGGAGAUCAGAGAAGAAGCCUUAUUGGAAAAGCAUUAAACAAUAUAAUUUGCCAGGCAAUAGAUUUUGAAAAUAUAACCAAUCUUCUAGAAGAGAGAAGAUAUGCACCUACAGAGAAUUCAAGAAAUCGAAUCAUCCGUACAUCAGACAGAAAUUUGUAUCAAGUUCCAUUAACAAAGAUGUGUCAAUUUAUAACAUUGUUCUUGUUGACAACAUGUCCAACAGAAGAUGUAUUUGUUUUGCCUAAUGAAGACAAGAAAACUUGUACCUUAAAAAUUAAAGGCUUAACACCCGAAGUACAGGUGUACAGAGAAAUUGAUGGCAUAUGGUGGCAAGUAAACCCCGACGAUAUAGAUAAACGUGUAGAAACUUUAAAAAAUCAAAUAUGCUAAUUUAGACCAGAAUUAAAUUAUAUAAUUCUUCUAAAAUUAUACAACACUAUUGUUAGUAUAUUUAAAUAAUAUUUGCACUGUUCGCUAAUAUCCAGGC